AUGAUUUUAUCAUUUAGACAACAAACUCCUCCUGACUCAACGAUAAGAACAACAAAAUAUUUUGAUACAUUUUCAACUCAAACAACAUUUCCACCAACGAUCUAUCGAAAACCAGUUCGAAUUGUUAAAGCUGUACAACGUUCGGUACAAUCACCAUCAAUAAAUCAUUCUACAACACCGUUAUCAACAAAAAUAAAUUCAGAAAAUGAUUUCAAACCAUUAUCUUUACCAUAUACAGAUGAAUUAAUAAUCAAUAAUCAAUAUCAUCGUAGUUCAGAUUAUAUAAGAAAUUUAUUUCCAAUACCUGAUCGUCUUAAACGUAAAUGUUCAAAACAAAAUUUAACAACAAUCAAUAAUAUGAACGAUAUACAAACAAUGUUCAAUGAUAAUAUUCGACAAACGGAAGAUUUAUUAUUAAAUUUAAAAAGAAAUUUAGAAAUCUUACAAGAAAAUCAACGUAUAAUCAAUGAUGAAAUUGAAAUCAAUACAAUACUUGGUACAAAAUUAAUUAAUAUAAUUGAAUCAAAAGCUGAAUUAAAUGAAAUUGAAAAAGUCAAAUUACAUAUUAGUGAAAUUGAUACAAUUACAUCAAUACUUCUCAAACUUAGUAGUCGAUUGGCUAAAGUUGAGAAUGAUUUAUUGAUGAUUACAGAUGAUAAUGCUCAUACAAAAGCAAGUUUACUUGAACGACGUGAAAAGAUUCAAGAAAAACAUAAUGAAGCAAAAUCAUUAAAAGAUGGUAUUGAUCGACGUAGUCGUUUAGUAACGAAUAUUCUACGAAAAUAUUUUUCUGAUGAACAAUAUGAUGAUUAUGAUCAUUUUAUACGAAUGAAAUCAACAUUAUUAAUUGAUACAAAAGAUAUUGAAGAAAAUAUUACUUUUCUUCAAAAACAAAUUGAUACUUUACUUAAUAAAUCAUCAUUAUCAUCACCAUCAUCAUUAUCAUCAUCAUCCGUUGUAAAUAAUCAACAAUAUUCAUCAACAUCAUCAAUAUCUCUUUUUGAAAAUUUACAAAGAUCAAAUUCAACAAAUAAAGUUGAUAAUUUACAAACAAACUAUUUUAAUACUAUAUCGAGUACGGCCUAG